UUUUUGGCGACCCAGAUGGGACUGCUGUGAAGCCCUGCCCGGAUCAACUUGCCGGCUCUCGGUGGGGAGACCCUACUCACCGGACUCCGGCGCGCACCGACCUUUUGAUCGGGGAUUCCGUGGGUAUUCUCCCAGCCCGAGCGGGAGAAGAAGAGGAAGAUUCACAAAUGUUGGUUCCACCGGGCAGGAAUGAAGUUUCUGAGACAGGGAUGAGAGGGAGUGAAGCUUUUAGCCCGAUAGCCGGUCGGACUAGGGCUCAACAAGGGCCAGUAAUGUUGGCCCCCCUUCGACAGGCUGUGGGCCCAAGGGGGGAACCUGUAUUUGUAAAAGUACCGUUUACAACUUCUGAUCUGAUGAAUUGGAAAGAAUUAGCAGGAUCAUAUAGGGAGGAUCCUGAGAAGGUAUAUCGAUCUUUUCGAACGAUUGUGGAAAACCACAACCCAGAUUGGCAGGAUAUCCAAAUUCUUUUGAAUAAUUUAUUUACUCCCGAGGAGAAGCGGGUUGUUCUAGAAAAAGCUAAUAUGGAAAAUGAAAGGAUAAAUGCCCGAGAAGGACCAGUGCAUUUUAUGCCUAGUCAAAAUCCCAAUUGGGAUCCUAAUAGUAAUGAUGGGAAACUGAUGAUAAAACAGUAUCAACAGUUGAUUUUGUAUGGAGUAAAGAACGGAAUAUCACGUCCAAAGAAUUUGGCAAAGCUAACUCAAAUAAUUCAAGGGAAGACAGAAGAUCCGUCCACCUUUUAUGAACGAUUAUGCGAGGCAGCCAGAAAGUGGACGGAUCUGGACCCUGAGAGCGAAGAGAAUAGGGCUAUAUUUACUACUUUGUUCGUAGGACAAGCUGCCCCAGAUAUUAGAAAGAAAUUACAAAAGGUAGACGGGAUUACGGGUAUGACUAUAUCACAACUAAUAGAAAUUGCCUAUAAGGUAUACAAUAAUAGGGAAGAGGAGGAAAAAAGAAACAAUGAAAAAGAAAAAACAAGAGACAGAAGGCAAAAGGCUGCCAUUUUAGCAGCUGCCUUUGUCAAUGCUCAAGGAUAUGCUGGAGGACGAGAUUUGUUAGGAAAACUGGGAGCACAAAUUACUUUCGAAGGAGGGAAAGUACAAGUCCAUUUUCCUGAAGCUAAUGCCUGGAGAGCGCAAGUUUGUUUGUUACAGGAAAAUAAAGAAGAAAAAUGUGAAGAAAUACCGGUGGAAAUAAAGAAUGCCGUUUAUCCCUUUGUUUGGGCGACUGAAGAGCCGGGAAGAGCAAAAAACGUAAGGCCGAUAAAGGUGGAAGUAAAGACUGGAAGCCGACCGGUAAGAAAAAAACAAUACCCUAUUAGCAUGGAAGCAAGGAAAGGUCUGGAACCGAUAAUAAAUAAUUUCCUUAAACACGGACUUUUGAAAGAAUGCCAUUCUGACUAUAAUACUCCCAUUCUCCCGGUAAGAAAACCUCAUGGCCAAGGAUAUAGAUUGGUCCAAGAUUUGCGAGCGGUGAAUCAAUUGGUAGUUGAUAUUCACCCAGUGGUCCCAAACCCAUACACAUUGUUAACAACUAUUAAUGAAACAAAUACGUAUUUUUCUGUCUUAGAUUUAAAAGACGCUUUCUUCUGUAUACCAUUAGAAGAAGACAGCCAAAAGCUCUUUGCCUUUGAGUGGGAAGAUCCGUCGACUGGACGAAAAACUCAGCUCUGCUGGACAGUAUUACCGCAGGGCUUCAAGAAUAGCCCCACCCUUUUUGGUGCCGCUCUGACAAAAGAAUUAGAACAAUGGCCUGGUAAGGAAAAUCAUGUUACACUUCUCCAAUAUGUCGAUGAUAUCCUGCUUGGGGCAGACAAUGAGGACAUUUGUAAGGAAAAGACAAUAAGUCUUUUGAACUUUUUAGGAAUGGCAGGAUUCAGAGUCUCAGAGAAAAAGGCGCAGAUCGCAAAACAGACUGUGAUUUACUUAGGUUUUGAAAUUUCACAAGGACAGCGGAAACUAGGAACUGAUAGGAAAGAAGCCAUCUGUAAGCUGGCACCCCCUCAAUCGAAAAGGGAACUAAGAGGAUUUUUGGGAAUGGCAGGAUGGUGUCGUUUGUGGAUUCCGAAUUAUGGCCUGAUGGCAAAAUCUUUGUAUGAGGCUACCAAGGGUCCUGAGGAUUUGUUAGAAUGGACUCCGGAAUGUAGGAAAAGUUUUGAUGAAAUUAAAAGGGCCUUAAUGAAAGCGCCGGCUUUGGGACUUCCAAAUCUAACUAAACCUUUUGAAUUGUUUGUCCACGAGAAAAAACAUGUAGGCCUAGGAGUGUUAACCCAAUUCCUCGGAAACUGGAGGAGACCAGUGGCCUAUUUUUCUAAACAAUUGGACAAAGUAAGUUCGGGAUGGCCUAGUUGUCUGCGAGCAGUAGCAGCAACUGUCCUUAUUAUACAAGAGGCUAGAAAGUUGACAAUGGGACAGAAAAUAACGGUCCACAUCCCACAUGCAGUACUUACUGUAUUGGAACAGAAGGGCCAUCAUUGGCUUACCCCUAGUCGUUUGCUGCAAUACCAGGCUUUAUUGGUUGAACAAGACGAUAUCGCCUUAAAGGUAAGCUCAAUUUUGAAUCCAGCCUCCCUAAUGCCAACUGAGAGUGAAAAAGGCCCAAAUCAUGAUUGUUUACAAGUUAUUGAACAGGUUUACGCUAGCAGACCGGAUUUAAAGGAUACUCCUCUGCAAUCUCCCGAGGAAGAGUUAUUUACAGACGGGAGUAGCUUUGUCGUUGAAGGAGAAAGAAGAGCUGGCUAUGCUGUGGUAACCUUGACUGAAGAUCGAGAGGUAAAAGCGUUACCACCCAAUACCUCCGCCCAAAAGGCCGAGAUAAUAGCUCUGACAAGGGCUCUGAACCUGGCAAAAGGGAAAAAGGUUAAUAUAUAUACAGAUUCGAAAUAUGCAUUUGGGGUAGUCCACGCCCAUGGAGCUAUAUGGAAGGAACGUGGAUUACUGACAGCUAAUGGAUCACCUAUAAAAUACGGGACUGAGAUUUUAAAUUUAUUAGAAGCUGUGCAGUGUCCGAAGGAAGUUGCUGUAAUUCACUGCAAAGCCCAUCAAAAGGGAGACUCGAAAUUAAUACGAGGAAAUCGGAGGGCAGAUGAAGCCGCCAAGAGGGCAGCGUUGUACACGAGAGUCUAUGUUUUAAUUCCAUCAAAGGAGAUUCAAGUAAAAGCUAUACACUAUGGAGAGAAAGAGAAUAAAUUAGCUGAAUUAUUACAAUGUAGAAAGAACGACCAGGGGUGGUGGAUAACUUCCCAUGGACAGUGUAUAGUAACUCCUGAAAUCAUGAAGCAAUUGAUGAUUAAGACUCAUGUUGAAACCCACAUGGGAGCUGAAGCUAUGGUUGAGUCAGUGAAAAGAUAUGCAAUUGGGGCCAAAAUGCUAUUAAUAGCAAAGAGUGUUUGUAAUAAGUGUGAAAUAUGUCUUAAAAAUAAUCCAAAGAUACAAACUCGACCUCCUCCUGGAGAG